GAUGGUGGAUUCUAAGGCUUCUGCUCAGCCAAGCAGGAGUGAAGAGAGAGUUGAAAACACAGAGAAAUUCAAAUCGGACCCUUUAACUGUCACACGUUCUGAGGAGCAGCUGGAACAUCCUGAGGUUUCUGGGCUCCAACAGCAACACGUCCGUAGUGAAGGACACACCAUGUACAGCCCUGCCUUCAGGAGAGCUACUGAAGAGUUCCAGCUAUCCCAGAGAGACCUGAGUCUAACCAGGACUGAGAACACACAUCUUACUGUAGAGCUGGAGAAAGCUUCCGGUUCUACCAACAAACAACAGUACACCAGUGGACAGGGUCGAGAAGAGAGUCUGGCUGAAAAGCUGCGGUCUCUAAAACAGAAAAACAAACAACUGGAACUCAAACUUCAAGAUGUUGCAACCACAGACAGAGAAAUUAGUUUUGUCAGUAACACAACACUACCAGCCACCUGUGAAGACCAGGCUGAAAGAAAAGGAAAGAGGAGGAAAAGAAAGACCCAGAGAGGAGGAAAGGAAGUUAUCUCCACCUCUGGAGAGCUAGAGCAAAUCAGUGACAUCAUCACCUCAGGACUGGAGGCCACACUGCAGGAUGGAGGGAAACCCAAAGACGAGGAGAGAGGGGAAGUAGAGUCUGAAGGAAAGAGAGGAGCUAGGGAUGAGGGGAGAGGGGAAGGAGAGGGGGAGAGAGGAGCUAGGAAUGAGAGGAGAGGGGAAGGAGAGGGUGAGAGAGGAGCUAGGGGUGAUGGAAGCGGGGGAGUAGAGAGGGAGAGAGGAGCUGGAUAUGAGACUCUAUUAGACACUACUCCACUGGCUCCACUGCAGAUCACCUGCCUAAAGAAGCAGGUGGUGGCGCUGCAGGCUGAACUGCAGUCUCUCUCUGAGGAGAACCAGAGAUGGGCUGAGGAGCUGGCAGUGUGGAGGCUGACGGCCCAGACCCCCUGUCUGGACCCAGAGGACCCCAUCGCUGCUACCCUCAGCCCUGCUCCCUUCAGCCCUGGACACAACACUGCUCCCCUCAGCUCUGGACACAACACUGCUCCCCUCAAGCCUGGACACAACACUGCUCCCUCAGGCCGGGACACAACACUGCUCCCCUCAGGCCUGGACACAACACUGCUCCCCUCAGGCCUGGACACAACACUGCUCCCUCAGGCCGGGACACAACACUGCUCCCCUCAGGCCUGGACACAACACUGCUCCCCUCAGGCCUGGACACAACACUGCUCCCCUCAGACACUGCUCCCCUCAGGCCUGGACACAACACUGCUCCCCUCAGGCCUGGACACAACACUGCUCCCCUCAGGCCUGGACACAACACUGCUCCCCUCAGGCCGGGACACAACACUGCUCCCCUCAGGCCGGGACACAACACUGCUACCCUCAGGCCGGGACACAACACUGCUCCCCUCAGGCCGGGACACAACACUGCUCCCCUCAGGCCGGGACACAACACCGCUCCCCUCAGGCCGGGACACAACACUGCUCCCCUCAGGCCGGGACACAACACCGCUCCCCUCAGGCCGGGACACAACACUGCUACCCUCAGGCCGGGACACAACACUGCUCCCUCAGCCCUGGACACAACACUGCUCCCCUCAGGCCGGGACACAACACUGCUCCCUCAGGCCGGGACACAACACUGCUCCCCUCAGGCCGGGACACAACACUGCUCCCCUCAGCCCUGGACACAACACUGCUCCCCUCAGGCCGGGACACAACACUGCUCCCCUCAGGCCGGGACACAACACUGCUCCCCUCAGGCCGGGACACAACACUGCUCCCCUCAGGCCGGGACACAACACUGCUCCCCUCAGCCCUGGACACAACACUGCUCCCCUCAGGCCGGGACACAACACCGCUCCCCUCAGGCCGGGACACAACACUGCUCCCCUCAGGCCGGGACACAACACUGCUCCCCUCAGGCCGGGACACAACACCGCUCCCCUCAG